ACUCUUAUGGUCGAGCAUGAGUGCGGAAAAUAAAAGCCAACUCCAAAGGAUGGCGGGGAUAGAGUAAAUAAAACUCCAUCGCAAUUACAAAUAGCUCUUUCUCAGCAGUUUUCAUAGAAGGGAAACCUUAUGUCUUAUGACUUGUAGGCUAAAACUUAUUAGCAGAGAUUAGUAUGUACUUACCAGCGUUGAACAUUAUACUAAAAAAUACAAAAUAUAUCUAUCUUCAAGGAAUUAAGAUUGCUGCACGUACAAGCCAUUGGAAUUGCUUCCUCUUCUUCCAAAUUGUUACAAGAUUUUGUGGAAAUCAAAUUACAUUAAAUUUAUGAGCCAUUCAUUAUUGACCGAGAAGGAGAGAGGAUCAGAAGCUUUGUAAAUACCGGUAUACCCGACUUCUGGUACGACAAUAGAAUCUUGAAUAGGUCAACCAUUAAUUAAAUAUCAAUUACCGAGAGUUAAUAUUUGAUUAAAGAAUUGCCUGACAUAAUGGUUUCUCCCAAGCGUUCGGAAGUUAUCGUUGUGUUUAAUAGAUCGUAUCAUGACUGAAAAUUGUUGGAACUUAGCUAUAUGCUAGCUAUAUACGGUCAUUAAUUGGGAAUGACGCCAUGAAGGCGAAUGUGUUACGCCGGGAAUUCCUUUCGGGGGUUGCUUUUCAAACACCAGAGGAAAAAAUAGAGAGACUUACAGGAUCAAUUUCUACCAAGAUAAGCCUAAAGGAAUCACCGGAAAGCCGACAUGGUCCUACGGAUAGGAAUAUGUACACAACAAAUACGACACUGGCGAGAAAUAGACUAAUACGAGGACAUCCGGAGCCAUUGGAACGGGAACAACGGACGCAACAAAGGAGAAACACCGAGAAGGAUAGUGGUGUGCGCGUGAAGCAAAUGUUUUACUGGGGGCACGAGAGAAAAUCACCUCCCAGGAGAAACACCUCACCAUCUACAAAGACAACUUCAUUGUUUCCUUCUCCCAAAAUGCAAUUUGAUCCUCGUUUUGAUCAAGAUCAUGACACAAAAUCUGGCAAGCUGCUGCAUUCGCGUCAAUUGAAAGCUUCCUCACAGAGUGGCUCUUGUCCAACCCAGAUCUAUUCCAAGUUUAAGUCGAUCCAUUCCGAGAAGAUGAACAGAACUUAUCCGCAGCAAGUCAACAUCAAUGACUACGUCCUUCCAAUGGAUCACCAUACACGCAGACGAACCCAUCUCCAGCCGUUAAUGCUCGGUUACGACCCCGAUAAACCGAGGUUGGAAAACACCAGUUAUCACCAAGCACCCGACAGGGCGCCCUCAUCAUGGAAGUCCGACGUCUUUCCGACAUCGUCGGCGAGAUCGACAGCGGAUUCGCAUUCCAAUUACACGUGGCCAAUGAACAUAGACGUAGAGGAUCGCCAGGGCAACCGAUGGAGCCCAUUGCAGAACACUUUUGAUGUGCUACAGAAUGAGAAGACAAACUCUCUAUCUCAUGAAGAUAGACGGGACUUCUCGGAUUGGCCUGCACCUCCGCCAAAUUCGGUUACCCCCUCCUCUUUUGAGAUGAGUCAGCCCCCACCCAAUACACCAAAUGAUUGGUGGUAGUAGGCCUUUAUGUAGAUGCGACCUUUUUAUUCUCACUUAUAGUGCUGCAUAGCCAGGACAAAAAUGAAAGCAAAAUCGUACAAUCAACAUAAUUUCCUUGGUGUGAAAUUACCCCCAUCGCAUUUUGACCACGCCCAGCAUGGAGAGCGUUUUAUCAUCAACAUUUCUAGUUCAGCGAUUUUUGUCAGGCAAGUUGUCAUGAUUUUGAUUGGCUUGAGAUUUGAGAAGCACAGUUCGGUAACUGUCGAAUGAAUAAAAUAUAUUUUGUCGGAUAAAGCCGUCUGACAAAGUCCUUUCAUGAAACGGCCCUCAUAGGUCGACGGUGAUUGGGUUAUCCAAUUUGGAAAACUCUGUUAUUUUAAACACUUUAAAGUGUUGAACUAAUUACUGACAUAUUAUAGGCCUACCAGGCCGUCUUUGGUCUAUUUGGGCCAAUAUACCUGGAUGUACACUGUUAGAAAAUUUAUCCUAAAAAUAAAAGAAGUUCCUGCAGCAGAGUCUCGAGAACACCUGUAAUCUUACAGAAAAUUGGUAUUUGGUGUAUGUAAUCUUGCAAAUUUCCUUCAAUAAAACACCCUUUCCCCUUUUUAAACAGACCUGUUCUGUUAAAUUGCAGAAAAAUUCAUGUUUUAUGAAUUUACAGAAUGAUUCUGUUAUUGCUCUCUGCAAAAUCUUCUCUUUUUUUUCCUGUAAAAUCACGUUUUUUAACAAUGUAUAAUGUAAGCUUUAUUGGAAUAUAUUAUGUAUCGUAUCAUUUUUCUUAGUUUCUCCCGAAUAAAAAAGUAAAAGAAAUUACGGAAAAUAAUUAAGGAAUCAUGCAUGGCAAUGUUUCACGAUUUAAUUUGAAGUUCGUGUAAAAUAAACAAUUUAAUUUUUA